AUGAAUAAUCCCGAACUGAACUCGCUCCUGAAAUGGGGUGUCGAGAACUCGGAUGUAUCUCGAGACACCAAUCCGGACCAUCCUCCGUCAAAUCGAGGCCUCAAUGCCGAAACCAUCAACACUCUAUUUGGGGGACCUUCGGAUGCCGACCUUAUGAAGGAGUCGAUGCAGGCCAUUCAUUCACCUGAUGUCUCUCUGGCGGACAAGGUCACCGCCUUUGACAACUUUGAGCAGCUGGUCGAGAACCUCGACAAUGCCAACAAUCUGGAACCACUUGGUCUUUGGAGUCCUUUACUUGCCCAGCUCGACAAUCUGGAGCCAGAUAUGAGAAGGAUGGCAGCCUGGUGUAUUGGUACAGCGGUGCAGAACAACAUCAAGUCACAAGAGAGAUUGCUAGCGAUGGGCGGAGUACAAAAGCUCGCCAAGCUUGCGGUAGAAGAGAAAGAUCGCUCCGUGCAGAAGAAGUGUGUGUAUGCUUUGAGUUCCAGCAUCCGAAACUAUCAACCUGCCGCCAAUGAGGCGGUAAAAUAUCUGCCAUCCGAAAUCGUCGGGGCAGACCACGUGUCAACCGAGGAUAUGGACACGAUCGACGCCAUCAUGGAAAGGUUACGUGGGUCCGGCAGAUGA